AUGCAAGUGUUCAUUCCUGCAGUUUUAGUUCCCAACAGUGAGCUGACCCUGAAAGACCCAACCUGUAAACUCAAUAACAACGGGACGCAUCACAAGAUCACAUUUGCUUACGAUGAAUGCGGCACUUUGGAGACGUUCUACACGGACUACGUUGACAUUAGGAAUGAAAUCAGCGUGCACUUGAUCCUCAAUGACACGGACCUUAUCACAUUUGUGGAAGACUACAAGAUCCCUCUGCAAUGCUCACUGGACCGUAGUAAAAUACUCAACGUCGCCAUACAAGUAGAGUCCAGAGAGCAAAUCACAGAGCGUGUGGAACAUUCAGCAGACUUUAGCUUGAAAGAAUACACAUCGGCCGACUAUAACGAGGAGAUAACAGAGUACCCAAUCAAGGUACCACUCAACAGGGAAAUAUUCUUUGAAAUAACUUUGAGAAACAACAGCAACAGCAGUAUUGGAGUCUACGUUGAACAAUGUGUGGCCACUCCUUCGGAUAACCCUAACGAUACCACGCAUGUCACCUUGAUUGAUGUUGGAUGCUCGGCACACACCGCCGUUAAAGUUCAACCUUCUACAGAAAUAGAUCGAUUCCGUUUCAGCACCCAGGCUUUCCGCUUCUCCGGAGAUUCCCGUAUCGACAACUUGGUGUACAUCCACUGCUCCAUGAGCACUUGUGGAGGCGCGAACUGCCAGCACUCGUGUCUCCCUCACAGUCGUAGAAGAAGAAGAAGUGCACGAAAGAUGACUUCUGCGAUUUUGACCUCCGGCUCACACGUUGUCACCAGUUAA